UGCAAUCGGACCCUUUCAUUGUCUGUUGUUCCUCUACUUGGCUGCAGAAGAUUUUACUGUUCAAGGCUUCCCUGAUCGCUACGCUCAGCACAGUAGCGGUCCAGGAAGAGAGAGCUCAGACUCAGUUCCUUCUGCUGAGCCUUCCAGCUGUCCAAGGCGUCUGCCCCACAACAAAUAAGACACUGUCAUCCAUAUUCUAUUUAGCCAAGAUCUUGCGUUUCUACGAUUUCGAGCAGCCUGUGAGGCCGCAAAGAGUCCGCCAGGCACACCAACAUCACCUGGAGCAUUUCGUUCGCCGCCGCCAAAGCUACUCGAGACCCCUCCAGGGCUGGUCACAAUCACUGUUUAUUCUCGCAUUGCGGAGAUCCGCCAGAACCAGCGUCAAAGAAGCAGGUAGCCUUCCGGCCCACUGCCCGCCCCGACGUAGAGGACAAGCACACCACUGGCCAAUGGUCCCCUCUUGGGUGACCUACUCCUGUGGGCACGAUUUCAGGCCCAGUCUGGCUUUUCCGGCAAGGUCCGCAAAGGCUGGAACUGCGUCUGCCGUUGUUGGCAGUGGCCGGCUGCUGUCAUAGCAAGUCACUGAAUGGGGCCGUUGUAGGCUGAUGAUUGCUGAGCGCCCGGGCGCCCACAGUGAGCUAUCUCAAUCUGAGUGAUGACGGACCCACAGUCGACAUUUGAAUCAACUGGCAGGAUCACCUAUUCGGACACGACUAACGCCGACUUGAUUAUUUCCCCAGCCAUCUUCAUUUCUUCAGCGUCAGAUACGCGUCGUACGGGCACCAGUGCGACUGCCAACGAUCCUGCAGUUGUGCCUGGGACAGGCCUCAGAGCUACUAAUCAUUACAGUGCCACGUCCAGCUCCAAUGCCUGUCCAGCUAUCUCUCACAGUAAUGCCGAACCUGCUGACACCACUAAUCCUUCCCCAGACACGCGACCUGUCGCCCUACCUGAGGAUUUAGAGUACCCAACCAUCAAUGUUGAUGAUACCGAGUCUCAAAGCCUAGCUCCUUCUUCUAAUAAUGCAGCUACCGCCACUAGCUAUACCCUAGGCUUCCCAAGAUUUGGCUCGCAGCCCUGGACCGCUCCUUCUCGACCUAUACUGGAGUUUGCGCCUCGGCCAAUAUAUGAGCCCACGGGAGUAUUACUGCACGAACACACUUACAGCUUUGCUGAGUUUGAUGCACCGUCCAUUUCAGAUCUUAAGAGUGCUCUUCACGCAUCACCGAUCCAUCCGCCACAAUCGAGUAUCAUCACGACCGAGACAACCGUUUCUUCCAAUGCGACUGGAUCGGUAACUGCAUUUGUUCAGCCCUCGCUUCCCCGAUCUGCUCUCAAGCGGAAGGGCAGCUCUAAUACGACAAGCCCGACCAUCGAUAAGAAGGUCCGACUCUCAUCUGACCUGGUAGCUGAACUUGAUCUUGAUUCUGCUGCGACAAAUCCUCGUCCCGUCACUUUUGAGCGGAUGUCAGGCAUCCAACCAAAAUCGCCUGAUGAAGGUUCCGUCUCCUCAGACCUCCCUACUGGUUCAAGGCAUAUUCCAACCGCAGGUAGCUCCGCUGGCAAUCGAAGAACGCGGCCGUCAUCAGAAGCGACACCACGAGCCUCGCUGAACGCGUCGGCCUCAUCGCAGGCAUCGAGCAGGCAGAGGACUACAGGGAGUCGCACAUCCACGGCCCACCCACCUUCCAUUCUUCCUCCGGAAAAGGUCUUUCCCAUCCAGAUAGGAUCGGAGCUCUUCAGGUUAUCUGGAGCUUCCAUAUCCUCGGACGCACCUUCCUACUUUACCCAGUUUUUCGAGGAGCAAAUACGGCAGAAUGAGGAGUCUGGUGGAGUGAGAACACUUUACAUCGACCGAGAUCCCGCGACGUUUCGAGAUGUAGCACGCCAUCUGCAAGGUUACUAUGUCAAGCCGGUCGAUGGAAGUCACUUCGUGAAGCUUUUUGCAGAUGCGCAGUUCUACAGUCGUAAGUCUGCAGCACAUCCCUGUCCAUUUGUCGCCGACACCGUUACAGUACCGCGAUUGAUCGACCAAUUGUUCGAGUCUGAGAUAUUCAUUCAAAUCGGAGAGCGGCAUUUCCAGAUACCCAAGGACAUUUUCUCUGAGCCCGGAAACUCACCCAACUUCUUCUCUCUGGGCUUCGCAGUUUUCUUCUCAACCCCUGGAGAAGUCUUCCCAGGCCUUGACCGUCGCGGCUUACUACGACCGCCGUCCAUAACGCCUCCGUAUGUCCCUGGUCGGUCCGCAGAUAUCUUUGCCGAACUACUACAUCUGCUACGAGGCUACCCACUCGACAUCCGAAACGAAUCUCAUCGAGCCGAACUGCUACGCGACUGCCGAUACUUUCAUCUCCGAGGCCUGGAACAGAAAAUUAUUGCCCACGAAAUCACCUAUAAUUCAGAAAGACAAAAACAUGAAAUAUGCCUACGACUCGAGGACGUAAAACCCUCCGGUGUGUCGUACACCAGCGACGACGCAUCUGGAGAGAAAUCCAACGCCGGAGGAUGGGUCUAUUACGCCCGGCCUUUCGUAGACGACACGUCGUAUGAAGCGGUCAUCGAAAUCGGCAGCGAAAGCACUGUGCUAGAUUUGACGGACAUGCGGGCCGACUUUCACGGGCUCGCAAAGGCUCGCGUAUCUUCGCUGUUCCAAGUCGUCGCCAACAAAAUGAACCUACCUACGAAGGCACCGCUGGGCUUGAUGAUGUUGUCAGGAGGACGAUCGUCUCAAUCUGCGAGUCCUGGGCAUACCCCACUCAGCGAAGAUCGAGUCAAGGUGCGCUUCGAGCCUGCCACGGACAUCAGGCUGGACGGCGAACUUUACGAGGUCAACUGGGACAGCGCCAUGGGUCAAGUCAUGCAGCAUGGCCCCUCAACCGCGCCAAGCAUAUCCGAAUCCGAAUCCGAGUCGGACAUCAUGAGCGAAGCACUGCCUUCGAAACCCGGUCCUACAGCACAACAGCAACAGCGCCGUCCGCAGACACGACAGACGCAGCAGCAUCCGGGUCCAUCGUCGUCACAGGCGCAGGCGGGUGGCUCCCGAUCGCUUCCUGUGCCUCCGAUCCAGACAAGCCGGCUGCUAGCGGAGCCCUCGACGAAGAAGAGGAAGAGGGGACAGAGCAGUCAGGGCGACCUGGGCGAAUGGACGAUCCGGACGGGCCAGUGGCGAUUGCGAGUGCAACCCAAUCAGCAAGACACCAUACGAGGUGGGUAUGAGCUGGUCUUUAUUGGUGUCAAAAUCGACGCGUACUCGAGUGAAAGGGCGCGCAAUGCUAGAAGGAGCUUCCUGAAUUGAUCUCCCACGACGGACACACACUUCAUCCUUUUUUGCGCCUCCGCGCCUCAAGAAGCCUCGUACUACUUAGUCUUCUUUGCAACUUUGCCACCUUGCGUUCUUCGGAAACCAGCGGUGUCCGGGCAGACCAUGGCGCCUUUCUCCCUCUCCCGCUCUCCCUCUCCGCCUUACAGCGACGCAUCGGCACUGUUUGGACACCGGGCGUUAGACCCCAGGCUUGCUCUUCUCAGCAUCAUACCCAUCACAAGACCAGUAAUUCGGCACGCAUCAUUUCGGGCAUUGGCGACUUGUACCCUAACCUGGGUGCCUGGUCACAGACCAGGCCACUUCUUUGGCGCGAGCAGUCCACUUUCCUUGCCUGGUCCUUGAGAGUUGGGACUGACACGAGCAUCUCGGUGUUACGAAACCAUAACCUGGCAUCUUUCGAACUCUGUUGCAUUGCAUUUUCAUUACUGGGGCCAUCAUGUUACAUUGCGAACAUUUGGCUUUGCAUUUUCCUCGAUGAGAAAUACCCACCGUUACUAGUGAUGGUAAACGGGCAAACGCUCAAGGGGAGUUGGAUUGCGACAUACUCCAUUUUCAGUCUUUGCUCUACUACUGGUCUGGCCGGUCCCGAAGUCCCAGCAAAAUGUGACAAGGGCAAAAGAGAAAUACGACAUGGCGAAGAGGCGUAGUCUCGAAGGUGCUCGGAUUCUCAAUAUGAGCGGUUUGUGCGCACGUCAAUAGGAGAAAAUUGCUUACUCACGUCUUUUUGCACAAGCGACAUCGUUGCGGAUCAUCUGGAUUUGGAGCUCGGGAUGACAACUCCCUGUUGCAUUACACAUGGCCUAGAGGGCACGAAAUUGGAUCUUGGUUCGACACCUCCCUUUUGCACAACGUACGGCCUAGAGGACACGGUAUUGAGUUGAAUACCUAGGUGCUUUACGGGUGCGCGUCCACUACCUCCGAAGGACACUGCGUCUCCUCUUGACCGGGAGCUUCGAUAGCACCAUCCAUCUUCAACAAAUUCGAUGGCCUCUACUGGCAACAACUGGGCUUGUGCAGAUGCAACAGGAAGCACAGUAACAAACAGGCUGUGUGGGAAAGUACAGCCAGCUAGUCAGCCUGCCAGCCUGCCAGCCUGCCAGCCAAAAUCAAAGUGUUCAGACUGUCCUGUCCCAACGUGGAGGCUGUUCUGUUCUAUUCCGUUCGUCUUAGAACACCGAGAUGAGAGGGGCGCAAUGGCCAUAGCAAGUAUCCCCAUCAGCAAGGGUGCCGAGAUGAAAACCAUGGAAUUUGCAAGUCUUGAUGGAGACUAACCCACAUUCGCGGCAUGCCAUGACGCGGCAUUUGCAAAGUGCCGGCUCUUCUUGAUCAUCAACGAUGGCAAAGGGCUUGCGGAGAAUCGGUGGGUCAGCUGUCACCGAGCUUAUUGUAAGAGCACCAUUACAGUCAGCCCGGAUUUAAGCUGUUUCUGGCUCAUGGCCUUGCUGCUGUACUAAACUGGUGUAAACCAGGCCAUUGGGAAGUGCACAGGCCCAUGCUAGAGCGAGGUACAAUCAAGCACAUCAGGCAUAUCAAGCACCUUUGCUGCUCUUUGGUCGUUUGAGGUUAUGGCCACUAUCCCUGGCUUUUCUUUGCGAGUCUGAGCUUUGCGUUUUCCCAUCAUUGCAGCCAAGGCUGAGAAGAGCAGAAGGAUCUGAGACAAACGUGAAUGGUCUUUCCUGGUGGCGUGGGAAUGGCGCUCUCCAGCAGACUUUGAGAGGUGUGAAGCCACUCGAGUGAUACGACCGGUCGAUUCUGUCUAUCCCUUGCGACUCUUCGAAGGGGGUGGGCGCCUCGAUGGGAGCAGAUCAGGAGGAAGUAACCCCGACAUUGGGGGUUAUUUCCGCGCUAGUUUUGCAUCCGCUCAUCUUCGCUUCAGCGGGUACUGGACAUCAACCGUGAAUUGCUGACGUCCCGCAUCGGGUAAUGGCGAAGGCGCCCUAUAAAGUGUAACGCGGCAAAACCUCGCGAGACGUAUGUGAUUUUCGGUAACGAGGCAAAUCGACGAGAUCUUCGGGCCGAGGCUGACCAUAGCGAGGUGGGCAAUGAAGAUGUAACCGUGGUGUGGCGGAUGGCGACCAUCUCAAGGCAAUGAGCCCGGGCUGAGAUAAUCAUGGACGACCUCGUACAGCAUAUGUGUGCUGCCAGUAAAAAGUGGCUGGAUGAGCACAACAUACGAAUCCGAUUAAUCAUUGACGAGCCUGGCAAUGUCACCUGCCAAAAAAAAAAUGACCGACCGCAAUGCAUUUGCGAAACAUUGAAGACGAGUGACGGAUGAUGACGGGGAUAAAUCUCAUGCAGGGUCCAUUGGUUCCUGGCAGACUAGUCUCGGUAUUGUGCAUGCAUCCGUCCAAGAUCAUGGUAAAAGUGCAGGUUAAACCGCCCCAGGAAGAGCGAAGGUGCUCGCUCGAAACAACAGACAAAUGUGCUGAUUUCAAGCUGUUGGUAACCAGCCGUUUGUCGCCCUGAUCAUUCUACUGUAGUUCCCUGAAGUGUUAUUCACCAUCUCGCCUCACAAUCGGAGACCAACCUCUUGCAAUUCAAACCCCAGAUACUAGUAAGGACCAUGAUCGAAUGUGAGGCGUCCUCACGCGUCCUGUCAUGUUGGGAUGUAGGCUUUCUCGUCCCGGAAAUACUAGUAAUACUAGGUGUUCAAGCAGGACGACGGGUGGCUGAGUACGUUGUUGAAGGAGGAUUUGCAAGCAGUGGCCUCACCUCACAUCGGACAAAGCACGAGCCCGUACCGAGACAGCACCUGCACGGCAAGCAAGAAGAUUCUGCUUUCCAGAAGGCUACGUAGGUAGUGGUCGCAAGCUUCAUCGACAGCCACAAGCUUUGUGUGAAGGAAGGGCAUCCAAGCAGGACGGAUCGCAUGGGCCGUGGCACUGCCUGCUCCACUUGCAGUCCAUUGCAUUUGGGCGAUGGGAGCAUUGGUCUUGAAAAGCUCUAGCUCGUAGAACUGGCAGUGUUUCGGAUUGACCAACGACUGUGUCAAUCUGGACUGCCUCUUGUGGAAAUCCGUGCUUGAGAUGGCUGGGAUGUGCUAGCACAUAUGCAGACUGUGCCUUAUUGCGCGUCAUGGACGACAGCACAUCUGUGAUUGGCAGCAUAGGUCGAGCUCAAGGGUGAGGAAAAGCCAUGGCUGAGGAGGAAAGCAAUCCCAGCAAUUGCGUACGAGUAUGUAUGGAGCCACGAAAGCCACAUGGUUUCAAGAGUAACCGAAGAGCAAGCCACGCGAGAUGAAGGAGGUCAAACAGGCGAGGGAUCAAUAGAAAUAUGGAUAUCCGUACUGCUGACAGGUGAAAGGUGGCAAGCACAAUUCCCAGAAUCAUUAUCAGCCGCUCAAUACCGUCGGCGGACCACGGCGAUGAAUCCUGCUGACAAUGGAUUAUAGUAGAAGCUGAGGAGGAAAGAAACGAUUCGUUUGAAAAGCAGUCCGAGCUGGUGGACCUGGGAUUCGCUAUGCUCAUGGCUUAAAUGCGCUCGUUUCGCUGCCCUGCUAAGCAAAGGAGUUCGCUUAAAUGCAAUACAAAGUGGCAGAAUGGAGAUCCGACAAGCCAAUGCCUGCGCCACUGGAGGACAUGAAGCCAAGUUCGGCCUGCGUUGCUGAUUCAAGUUGACAACGAUGAGUAAGUAGUCAAGGAUGGUCGAGAGUUCCUAAAUUGCAGUUGCUUUCAGGAGAGAGGAGAACAAAU